AUGUGUUUGGCUGAUGUGUUUCUUUUCUUCUUCCUAGGUGUGCCUGAAGCUGAAGUCACUUGGUUCAGGAAUAAAAGCAAACUGGGUUCCCCUCCCCAUCAGCAUGAGGGCUUCUGGCUGCUCCCGAAUGUGUCCUCCUCGGAUCAGGGCCUGUACUCCUGCAGGGCAGCCAAUGUUCAUGGACAGCUGACUGAGAACACCCAGCUGCUGAUCCUAGAUCCCCCCCAAGUCCCCACACAGUUGGAAGACAUCAGGGCCUUGCUCUCAGCCACUGGACCGAACCUUCCUUCGGUGCUGAUGUCUCCUCUGGGAACACAGCUGGUCCUGGAUCCUGGGAAUUCUGCUCUUCUCGGCUGCCCCAUCAAAGGUCACCCCACCCCUAAUAUUACCUGGUUCCAUGGUGGUCAGCCAAUUGCCACAGGACUGAUGCAUCACAUCUUGGCAGCUGGACAGAUCCUUCAGGUUUCAAAUCUUAGUGGCGGGUCACAAGGGGAAUUCAGCUGCCUUGCUCAGAAUGAGGCAGGGACACUCAUGCAGAAGGCAUCUUUAGUGAUCCAAGAUUACUGGUGGUCUGUGGACAGACUGGCGACCUGCUCAGCCUCCUGCGGCAACAGGGGGAUUCAGCAGCCCCGCCUAAGGUGCCUGCUGAACAGCACAGAGGUCAACCCUGCACACUGUGCGGGGAAGGUUCGCCCUGCCGUGCAGCCUGUCGCCUGCAACCGGAGAGACUGCCCUUCUCGAUGGAUGGUGACCUCCUGGUCUGCCUGUACCCGGAGCUGUGGGGGAGGCAUCCAGACCCGCCGGGUGACCUGUCAAAAGCUGAAAGCCUCUGGGAUCUCCAUUCCCGUAUCCAAUGACAUGUGUGCCCAGCUCGCCAAACGGCCUGUGGACACCCAGGCCUGUAACCAACAGCUCUGUGUGGAGUGGGCCUUUUCCAGCUGGGGCCAGUGCAAUGGGCCUUGCAUCGGACCUCGCCUAGCUGUGCAGCACAGACAGGUCUUCUGCCAGACACGGGAUGGCAUCACCCUACCAUCAGAGCAGUGUAGUGCCCUUCCGAGGCCUGUGAGCACCCAGAACUGCUGGUCAGAGGCGUGCAGCGUACACUGGAGGGUCAGCCUGUGGACCUUGUGCACGGCAACCUGCGGCAACUACGGCUUCCAGUCCCGACGUGUGGAGUGUGUGCAUGUCCGCACCAACAAGGCAGUGCCUGACCACCUGUGCUCCUGGGGGCCCCGGCCUGCCAACUGGCAGCGCUGCAACAUCACCCCGUGUGAAAACAUGGAGUGCAGAGACACCACCAGGUACUGCGAGAAGGUCAAACAGCUGAAGCUCUGCCAACUCAGCCAGUUCAAAUCUCGCUGCUGUGGAACGUGUGGCAGAGCAUGAAGACAGGGCAUGGGGAACAGCUCUACCCUGGCCACGCAAAGGACUCACGCAACCACCUUGGACAGAACUGAAGCCUUCUUCAUUUAUUUAUUUAUUUC